AUGUCCAGCUCAAGUGGACUCGCUGCAAGCAAUAUGCCGCCCGAAGAGCAGACAGAGGCGCGAAUGAGCAAUCUUCAUGCCGAUGCCAAUUUAAAUGAAAAGGCACUUCUCUCUUCCAUAGAGGAUACUUCAUUUCCUGAUAUGACCGUUCAGCCAGGCGAUAUGAACACGGCCAUCAAGAACUUGACCCGUGGCAUUUUAGGUGCUCCUCCUCUGGGAACCAAGGCCCAAACCGUUCUGCUGUCCAAGCUAGCGGAUGAAAUGAAGGACAUCAGGCGCUGCCUCGACGAUGUUUCAGACCAUCCGUACCUGAAGAGGUGUGAUGCGACUCUGAACAGGGCUCCCAUUGUAGGGAUCAAGGGCGAUGAUAUCGUCUAUAUCAAUACCAUUUCAACUCCCUUGGAGAAGGUGAUUAGCGAAAAAUGGACUUUAUUUGGCCCCAAGCCUGAUGGUGUGAACCUCACCGAGGGCCAGGCAAACCACUUUUUUCCUUAUCAAGGGGAUCUAUGCUUCGCAGUGGGGAGGUCUCUUUGGCGAAAGAGACAUCGGUCGGAGGAUGACCCUCUCAUCAACAAAGCUGUGAAUCACUGGCCGUCGCUUUAUGAAGAUAGCUGGGAGAAGGUGGGUGAUCAGUGUCUCCCUGAUACGAACCUUCUCAGCGUGAUCUCAUAUGCAGCUCUUUCGAUGGACUGUACUAAGAUCCUGUUCCACCUGAUAAUUUUGACUGGAGAUGGGACGAUCAUGGUUUCCAAUAAUGAUCGCCUAGUCGACGCCGCUUCGUUCCAAAAAAUGAGCAACACCAGAAAUGAAACUGUGACUUGGAAAAAGAUCGCCUACUGGAAUGAUAAAGUCGUCGGCUUGGACUCCAAUAACUGCACCUGGAACUUGACUAUGAAUUUUGUCGAGCACACCUACAAAGCCGAGGAAAAGCUUCAAGUUAGGGCGUUUUCCGAGUUCACGGCUACCGAUAUGGGCCUUGUGGGCCUGGGUGAAAACGGAACUCUGUAUAGACGGAUAGUCAACCGCGAACUGAGAAAUCAAGAUACAAACAAAGGCAUACUCAAAUGGGAGAGCUGGAUGCCACAAUUUGGAGUGACAAGUAUUGGCGUUGCUUCUCCUGGAGCUCGGCUGGAUCUGCGUGGGCUGGCAAGAAUCUUGAAAUCGCGAUAUGUUGAAUCCGCGACAGCUCUUUAUCUAUUCUUUGACAGGCUCAAGACAUUUGGCAUCACCCACAGCGUCUACCUGGAAAGCCAUCUACUGAGACGUGACCAAGGAGUACCAGGAAGCUUAUUGGGAUGA